ACCGUGCAUUAAUAUCGACCAAUAACAUAAAUGCACAGCUGCAGCCUCUGAACGAGACACUCACAUCACUUUUGUGUCAACCAGUUCGCGGGAGUUGUCGCUACAGCUGCAGGCUUCUGUUUCAAACCUUGAACACCGUCAACGCAACACUAACCGGAGCAACCAUGUCUGACAGAAAGGCAGUGAUCAAGAACGCUGACAUGUCGGAGGACAUGCAGCAGGACGCCGUGGAGUGCGCCACUCAGGCCCUGGAGAAGUACAACAUCGAGAAAGACAUCGCUGCGUACAUCAAGAAGGAGUUUGACAAGAAAUACAACCCGACCUGGCACUGCAUUGUUGGGAGAAACUUCGGCAGCUACGUGACCCAUGAGACCAAGCAUUUCAUUUACUUCUACUUGGGUCAGGUGGCCAUUCUGCUGUUUAAGUCGGGUUGAGGGGAUGCGCUUUUCCCUCUCCACACCAGCUGACCAUACAUACAGUACUGACUGAAUUGACAAAGGCACUUAUCAUUCCUUGGCAAGAGGCCGCUGCCUUUUCUGUGCUGCUUUCUACUUGUUCUGUUUAUAAGGUUUAAGACAAGCGUGGCUAUGUUGAAGAGAUAACACUUGUAUUUAUUUUUGUCUUGUUACGUAACAUGUCAUUUUUUAAUUAAAGCAUAGCUGUUAAGCUGACUGGG